AUGCCUCUUCACAAAGUAUUGUUCUGGAGCGGCUUCGGCAUUGCCGUCCGCUUCUGGCAGCUCGGUAUCGAAAUGCGUCCUUUAUUCCAAAAGCAAGCGCUAUGGGUGUAUCCUUUAUUCGCUACCGUUGGAGGUAGCUUCGGAUAUUGGCUCGAGGGCGUUGAUAAACGACAGCUGGCCAUCCUGGCGGAGCGAAAACAGAGUUUAUUGGAAAAGCGGCAACGGAGAGCAGAGAGAGAGGCUGCGGAUGAGAGUAAUGUUUUAGCAACCUCAUCGUGA